UCAACGACAGGCUAUGGCAACCAAAAACUGUUUCUUGCCAACUCUGCUUCUCGUUCUUGGUACAGUGACUUCAAAUGUAGCAGCUGCUGCACCAAGCCACACUAACAUUGCUUCUCUUAACCGUAGCAGUUUUCCAGGAGGUUUCAUCUUUGGGACAGCAUCAUCAGCUUACCAGUAUGAAGGUGCAGCAGCUAAAGGAGGCCGAGGACCCAGUAUAUGGGAUAUUUACACCCAUAGACAUCCAGGCAGGAUACAGGAUGGAUCCAGCGGAGAUGUGGCUAUUGAUUCAUAUCAUCGCUACAAGGAAGAUGUUGGCAUAAUGAAGGAGAUGGACUUGGAUGCUUAUAGAUUUUCAAUAUCAUGGUCUAGAAUAUUACCAAAUGGAAAGCUAAGUGGAGGUGUUAAUAGAGAAGGAAUCCAAUACUACAACAACCUCAUCAAUGAGCUUCUAGCCAAUGACAUACAACCAUUUAUAACUCUCUUUCAUUGGGAUCUCCCCCAUACCUUAGAGGAUGAGUAUGGAGGUUUCUUAAGUCCUAGAAUUGUGAAUGAUUAUGAGGACUACGCAGAGAUUUGUUUCAAAGAAUUUGGCGAUAGAGUAAAGUACUGGAUCACAUUGAAUGAACCAUGGACCUAUAGCAUGGGUGGUUAUGCUGCAGGUUUGCUAGCACCAGGCCGAUGUUCAGAUUGGCAAGGACUAAAAUGUGAUGGAGGAGAUUCAGGAACAGAGCCAUAUUUAGCAGCCCAUUAUCAGCUUCUUGCCCAUGCCAAAGCUGUACAUUUGUACAAGAAAAAAUAUCAGAAAACUCAAAAGGGAGUGAUCGGGAUCACAUUAAUUUCUCAAUGGUUUGUGCCAUUUUCUGACGCCAAACAGGACCAAAAUGCUGCCAAGCGGGCACUGGAUUUCAUGUUGGGAUGGUUCAUGGAUCCAUUGACAAAUGGUGACUAUCCGCACACAAUGCGAUCUCUUGCUGGAGAUCGAUUGCCUAGAUUCUCUCGAGAGCAAUCCGAAAUGAUAAAAGGAUCAUUUGAUUUUCUUGGGUUGAAUUACUAUACUACUAAUUAUGCAGCUUAUACGCCCCAUUCUAAUUCUCCGAAUGCAAGCUAUUUAACAGAUUCUCGUGCUAAUCUUUCGACUGAGCGGCAUGGUGUUUUGAUAGGUCCAAAGGCAGCUUCAGAUUGGCUUUACAUUUAUCCAAGAGGAAUUCGAGACCUUUUGCUCUAUGUGAAGAAAGAGUACAGAAAUCCACUCAUUUACAUCACUGAAAAUGGUGUUGAUGAAUUUAAUAAUGGUUCGUUGACUCUUAAAGAGGCCCUUGUUGACACCAUGAGGGUUGAUUACUAUUAUCAUCAUCUUGACUUCCUUCGAAGAUCAAUCAAGGAUGGUGUAAAUGUGAAAGGAUACUUUGCAUGGUCGUUAUUGGAUAAUUUUGAAUGGUAUGCAGGUUACACCGUGCGUUUUGGCAUCAACUAUGUAGACUAUAAAGAUGGAUUGAAGAGAUAUCCUAAACUUUCAGCUCACUGGUUUAAGAGCUUCCUCAAAAAAUAGACAUAUAUGUCUUCUUGUAAUAAAUUAAUUUUAUUGAAAAUUAACAUGAUAAACAGUACUUUUUUAGUGCUAAGGAUAGCAUAU